CUUGUUUCUGCAGAUUCCUGAUAAAAUAGACAGAAAGAAAAACCCUUUUCAGAGAGUUUUCCUUUGUUGCAUUCUUCACUCUUUGUUAAUCGGUUCUGUCUCUAUCGGUUGCGGGUAGAGGUGGCAGCACAACACUCUUUUCCUUUCCUUUCUUCUCUUCUCUUCUCUUUCUCUGCCAUUUUUUUCUCUCAAAGCUUUUCCACCAAUUCAGCUCUCCCUGACAAUGAGAUCUAUCUGAUCUCACCCUUCCUUUUCUUUAAGAGAAAACAAUCCAAUAAUCCAACAACAACAACUAUAUAUAUACUUCAUCACUUGCUUUUUCUUUCCUUCACCCUUUUCUUCUUCUUACUAACCUCUCAAUCUCUUCUUUCUCUCAACUUUCUUGUUGCAUACAAAGUCUUCUGUCUUUUAUAUCACUACAAGAAAAACUGAUAUUGUCGACGAUCAAAAUUCAUCGAUAAUGUUUAAAAUUCGUCGGUAAAUCAAUCAGGGAGAAACUUUCUCAUCUUUGGUGGAAGAUUUUGUACUGCACCACUUGAUCUGCUACUUCCAAGAGAGAAAUCAAGAGAUAAAAAGGAGAGAGGGAGAAUAUGAAUAAUUUUUCUCAUGUUCCCCCUGGUUUUAGGUUCCACCCAACUGAUGAGGAACUUGUUGACUACUACCUGAGGAAGAAAGUUUCCUCAAGAAGGAUUGACCUAGAUGUGAUAAAAGAUGUUGACCUAUAUAAAAUUGAGCCAUGGGAUCUUCAAGAACUUUGCAGAAUAGGAACAGAAGAGCAGAAUGAAUGGUACUUCUUCAGCCACAAAGAUAAGAAGUAUCCAACAGGAACUCGAACAAAUAGAGCAACUGCAGCAGGGUUUUGGAAAGCAACUGGAAGAGACAAAGCUAUCUAUUCAAAGCAUGAGUUGAUAGGAAUGAGGAAAACCCUAGUUUUCUACAAAGGUCGAGCCCCCAAUGGACAAAAAUCAGAUUGGAUCAUGCACGAGUAUCGACUUGAAACAGAUGAAAAUGGCACACCCCAGGAAGAAGGAUGGGUCGUGUGUAGAGUAUUCAAAAAGAGACUAACAACCAUGAGAAAACUGAGUGAGCAUGAUUCUCCAUGUUGGUACGAUGAACAAGUUUCUUUCAUGCAAGACAUGGAUUCACCAAAGCAAAGUUCUCAACCUAAUAAUUUGCCCUACCAGUUUCCAUAUCCAUGCAAGAAAGAGCUAGAUUUGCCCUACCAUCUCCACCUUCCAUUGGAGAACCAAAAACUGCUUCAAUCUGCAUCCAACUCAAUCACACCAUAUGCUGUAGUAGAACAAAACCAUGUCAUGCACCAAGUCUCAAUCAUGCACCAAGUUCAACACUCUGCUCAACAACAAAAUUUUCAGACAGUGUUUGGAAACAGUGGCAAUGAACAAGUUGCAGAUUGGAGAGCUCUUGACAAGUAUGUUGCUUCACAACUCAGUCAGGAAGAUGCACCCAAAGAGAACAGUUUCUCAAACACCAACACCAACUCCACCAACAACAACAACAACAUGUUUCUUGGGAAGAACAAUGACAACAUUGAACAGUUGGGAGACAUGGAGAAGGAGGAAAUGAUGCCUGAAAAUGCCUCAACUUCAAACUCAAGCUGUCCAAUUGACAUGUGGAAAUAGUGGCUGCUUCCAUUGAUGUUGACUUUAUACUAUUGAUAUAGAGUACUAUUAGUUAAUAUCAGAAAAGAAGGAAAAAAAAUAAAUUACAAUUUCUUGUACAUAAUAAGUGAAAUCAAAUACAUGACAUUAAAGCUAGUGCAUGUGUGAACUCUUUGGCUUCACCUCUUGCUAGCAACAAGUGGAAAUUUAUUGGAAUAGAAAAAUAAUUAGUAGAUAUAUGAUCAUAUAUUUCCCAUGAGAGAUAUAAGCUUUGCUGCAGAAUUUGUAGUUAUUGUGUGGUUUAAGAAGAUGGCUCUAGCCACUAAGAUGUUGUUAUGUUUGUAUUUUAAAUUCAAAUCAAAU